CAUUUUUCGUUAUUUUUUUUCUUCGUGUUAAAAUAAUCGAAGAAAUCUUAUCGUGUGUGAUAGCUAUGAGUUUAUCCGCUUUUUUUUUUCAUAUAGUGUUCGGAAUGUAACUUGAGAGGUUUUUUUCCAACCACAACUACCCAAGUAAUGCUAAGAGAAGUUCUUUGAAGUUGUCCUUGUUCAAAAGCCAACAGUGAGAUUGAAAUGGCAAGAGAUUCUGAUAGCUCAACAUACCCACCAUCUAUAGGAUUGAUAUAUGUUUUCAAUUUGAUAGUAGGCACUGGUGCAUUGACUUUACCAGCUGCAUUUGCAAAUGCCGGAUGGAUCAUCAGCCUUUGUGUCAUUCUAGCUCUAUCAGCUAUCAGUUACAUGACUUUAACUUUUGUCGUGGAAUCUAUGGCUGCGGCAAAUGCCAUUGUACGGAAUAAGCGGGCUAAAUUGUUGAGCAAGAAAGAAAGUAUGGAACGUUUGAAUUCUGGCCAAGAUGAUUCGGACUCAUCUGCAUCAUCAUCACCUACCAAAAGUCUGUUGGAGAGGGUUAAGGUGCGGAAAAAGCGUUCUUCACACCGUAAUCCUAGCAUAUAUACCGCAAUUAUGCAAUCCGAAGAUGAUGAUCACCUUCAAUCUUCUGCCAUAAAUGGGACGUCAGACAUGGUGUUACUCUCUCCGCAAAACGAUUUGGAAGAAUGCGACAUUCAAGAGACUAUUGAAAUGGGCAAACUGGCUAGCAUGUUCUUCAACAGUGCUGGUUCAGUGUUAUUCUUCGUUUGCAUCACGAUAUAUUUAUACGGUGAUUUGGCCAUAUACGGAGCUGCUGUGGGAAAAUCUCUUCGUGACACUGCGUGUACUUAUUUUCCAAUCGAUGUGCCUUGUAAUGAAACGCUCAACGGUACCGUUGCCUGCUGGGAAGGAUAUGAUCUUAGUCGCGACAAUGCCUAUCGACUUUUUUUGAGUAUUUUUGUAACCGUGAUUGGAGCAUUCGGGUUUUUCAAUGUUCAGAAAACGUUAUUCCUCCAAAUUCUGACUGGCAUCGUACGCUGGACUGCUUUCAUUGCAAUGAUCGUAUUAGCAUGUAUACGACUGCUCAGUUCACCAAAGGAAGACCAGGGCCAUCCGUCUGUUGCCAAUGUAAAUGGUCUGCCUAACCUGUUCGGCGCCUGUGUCUACUCUUUCAUGUGCCAUCAUUCUUUACCUUCUUUGCUGACACCCAUCUCGCCAAAACGCGGCCUUUACAAACUUUUGGCUUUGGAUUACAUAUUGAUCGCUGGAUUUUACCUUUUGCUUGGGUUAACGGGUAUAUUUGCAUUUCCUCAUCUGGAAGACCUCUAUACCCUAAACUUUGUUCCCAAUCGUUGUCCGCAUGGUCCGUCCGGUAAUCUUACCGCUACUGUUCUUGCCGUCGUCGUGCCCAAAGAGGCAGUCUCCAUGGCUCAACAAAUUAUGUUCUAUUUUCUGACGCUGUUUCCCGUUUUUACCCUUAGCACAUCUUUUCCUAUUAUUACCAUAACGCUACGCAAUAAUCUGAAACAACUGUUUUUGCGUAAAGAUGAAGCCGACCACUGUUUUUUUGUUCGUCGAUUGCUUUUCCCCCUCUUGGCUCUAAUUCCCCCAACUGUGUUAGCGAUCGUCACGAGCGAUAUUUCAUUUCUGGUAGGAAUUACGGGCUCGUAUGCCGGUGCGGGAGUGCAGUAUGUUAUUCCCGCUCUGUUGGCCUUUUAUGCUCGUAGGGAGCUGAAGAAAGAAUUCCCUCAAGACCAAGUACGCAACGUAUUUGCAUCACCUUUCAAGCAUGUAUGCUUUAUAUUGUUCGUCCUACUUUGGGCCGGUGCCAGUAUCGGUUUCGUCACCUAUAAUCACGUGAUGGCUGACAAAUAGUCUUCGGCUUACCAUUGUUGUUUUUCCGACCAAAAGUGCACUUGUCUUUCUGGCCUGAUCUGUGGGUCUAUAUUGACACCACAAGGCAUCUCCAGUCAUUGAAAAAAAUCGCUCUAUUUUGUAAUAUUUUCAUGCGUGAUUACGUUAUAGAUUUCUGGCCCCAAUACACUGUUGUUUCUUAAAUAAA